AUGGCAGAGUCGAACGAGGCCCUCCCUGAUGCUCUCUCUAGCAGCCGCAUAAAGGAAAUUAAUGCAGAGACUACUUAUCACUCUUUUAUGGAGGCUGAGGGCAGUGAAAGCAGCGCUAUCGAUUUAGACUCCGAGUUUAAGCCUGAAGCCGAAGAUGAUUCCGAAGAGGUUGACGAUCAAUCCACCCCGAGUGCGAAGGUAGGCGAAGAAUUCCUUGUCCUAGGAAGAAAAAGAAAGCUUUCUAAUACGAGCCGUCUCCAACCACAAAAGAAGUCUUACCGGUGGAAGAAGCCACCCACCAAAAACCAGAGCAAGGAGAGAACAAUCCGCUAUAGAGAGGUAUAUGAUAAUACUAUUGCUGGACACAAGAAGACCAUUGUUCAGUAUCCUGCCAAUAAUGGCCGAUGGUAUAUAAUUUAA